ACUCAAGCCACAAUGAUUACGACAUUGUCUUUUUCUACGCUUCCAUCUAGUAAUUUUCUCCAAUCCCCAGAAUGUUCUGGAAAGGCGCGAACCGCCAUAAGUGCAUCCUGCGCGACGCCGAAGCCGGCCGGUACGGCGUCAUUGCUGCCAUCGCCUACAACAUCGAACAAGUCCUAGGUCUUGUCCGGGCUGCCGAGACCGCUCGCUCCUCCCUCAUCAUCCAAUUCUUUCCUUGGGCAAUCGAGGUUACCGAUGGCCUGCUGGUGCGGACGGCCGCGGACGCCGCCCAACGCGCAAGUGUGCCCAUCAGUAUCCACCUCGACCAUGCGCAGUCGGAAGCUAUCAUCAAACGGGCGGCUGACCUGCCCUUUGAUAGUAUCAUGGUUGACAUGUCGCACUACGAGAAGGAAGUCAACUUGAAGAAGACCCGGGAGCUGGUGCAAUAUUGCAAUGAGCGCCAGAAAGCCACUGAAGCCGAGCCGGGGCGCAUUGAAGGAGGUGAGGAUGGGGUCAUGGAUACUGCGGGGCUAGCAGCGUGUAUUACAACCGCCGAGGAGAUGGAUGAGUUUGUUAACACGGGUGUGGAUGUGCUGGCCCCGGCGUUUGGGAAUGUUCACGGUGAAUAUGGCCCCCGCGGCGCACAAUUGGAUUUCGAGAGAUUCGAGAAUAUUCGCGGCCAGGCGAACGGAAGAGUUCAUCUGGCGCUUCACGGUACCAACGGGUUUGCUCCAGAGCUCAUGGUGCGUUGCGUGGCUGCUGGAGUGACCAAGAUCAAUGUGAAUCGACUUGUGUUAGAUGACUACUACGACCACCUUCGAGCAAACGUGGACAAGAUGCCACACACCCAGCUUAUUGAGGAGGGCAUUCAGAAGGUGGCGGAUCUGACCAUCAAGUGGAUGGAUAUUUGCGGCUCUGCGGGAAAAGCAUGAAGAGCGAUGUAAAUUAUACAUAGAGCUAGAAUAAUGCUUCAGUAUUUCGGCAG